AUGCGGACGAGUAGAUUACGACAUGCAAACACGUAUAUAGCUAUACGAACACUUGGGCUGCACAAGACUCCAAAAUUUGAUAGCAUAUACAAUAAUCCCAGCGCUUCGAUCACCUUAGUCAGUAGCGAUGAAGUAUACUUCAGAGUCGACCCAUACCCCUUGAAGACGGGAAGUACGGUAUUCCGAAAUAUGCUGUCCAACCCCAACUUGAAGCCCUCCCCAAUUUCCUUGACCUCCCUUCCGAUGAGCUUCGAAUACUGCUUAGCUUCCUUGACUUCGGCAAACCCACCGAGCCAACUUCGAUCGCGGGCUGGAAAAGGCUCUUGGAAAUGGGGGAUAAAUUCGAUUGUCAAGGAUUGA